CAGUCCGGACGGAACGGGAGAGGUGGCUGGACUUAGAGCUGGAGCGAACAUGACCACAGGACUGCUGCCCAUGGCGAGCGCGGUGAUAACAGAUCCGCAGCUGGACGCGCUGUCGGAGGUGUCGAGCCGGCGCGACAGCCGCGAGGACUUGCAGGAGCUGGCGGCCGCCCUGGGCAUCGCCGCCGUCACCGACUUAAAGGAGGACCGCUUCCGGGUCGACCGCAGGAAGCUAGAGGCGAUGCUCACCGGCGAAAAUGGGCCGCAGGCGGCUGAAGACUUCUUCAACAAGGUUAUGGAAGAAACUUGUACACACAUAUCGUGGCCUACCAGGCUAAAAAUAGGAGCAAAAUCUAAGAAAGAUCCACAUAUUCGUGUUGCUGGUCGACCUUCAGAUGUGAAAAAUGCCAAAGACAUGGUGAUGUCUGUUUUUGACACACGAAGCAACAGGGUGACAAUGAAAUUGGAUGUCAGCUACACUGAUCAUUCACAUAUAAUAGGAAAGGGAGGUCUGACAAUAAAGAAAGUAAUGGAGGAAACAGGUUGUCACAUUCAUUUUCCUGAUUCGAACCGCAGUAAUCCAACUGAAAAAAAUAACCAAGUUUCAAUAUCUGGUGAAAUGCAAGCUGUGGAGAAAGCUAGGGCAAGAGUAAGGAUGCUGACACCACUUAUCUUUAGUUUUGAGUUACCUGUAGUGGAGCUUGCACACUGGGACCCAGCCUCAGCUUAUGUACAACAGCUGCAGCAUAAGUACAAUGUACAGGUGACUUUCCGUACAAGAGCUCGACUUAAUGCGACCUUGGUUAUGGUGAAAGGCUGUGAAUGGGAAGUGGCUCAAGUAAAGGAAGCAACACUUCUGUUGGUGUCACAUCUGUUUAGAGGAGCAGUGGAGCAAGUAGUAAUGCAGAUGACAAUUGAAAUAUCACCUCAGCAUCAUCCCAUUGUUUUGGGAAAGAACAGAGAGAACUUAAAGCUUAUAAUGCAACGAACUGGGACACAAAUACUUUUCCCUGAUGCUGGUGAUCCUGGCAUUCCUAGUCUGAAGAAAAGCAGUGUAAACAUAACUGGAACAAUACAUAAUGUUUACAAAGCCAGGCAGCAGCUAAUGGGAUCACUUCCUUUGUUGCUGAUGUUUGACUUGCCUGAAGAUGUUAUUGUGGAUCUAGAAAAAAUAAAUAGUGUGAUGGAGACCUUGGAUGUUCAUAUCAAUGUUAGACACAAGCCUAAACAGAACACCCUUUCUUUAAGUAUAAAGGGAAUUGAGCGUCAUGCAAGCAAGAUAUAUGAAGCAAGAAAAUUACUACUGAGCCUCAAGGAGCCCUCAGUUCAUGCUGAUAUACCAGACUCUUACUUCAUCCCUGACGAUCAUCCAGUAUUUGAAGUCAACAGUAGUGGAAAAACUGAUAGUGAAAAGUAUGACACACCACUGCUGAUGAACAAUAAUUACCAGUGUUCACCAUGUUCUUCAGGAUACAAUUCACCAUCACUUCCACUGCUCUCGCCAGACCUAGCUGGUCAGGCUACUCCAUGGGGAUUGUCAACAGUUUUGCCUUCUCUACCGAGCCCAUAUCUUCCUCCUCAUCUGUUCAUGCAGCAUCCUUCAAUUCUCAGCAGCAUGUCUUGCAGCAGUGGAUAUGCCAGUCGGUCAAACAGUCCUUUGUCACUUGCCUCGGAAUCAAACACAUGCAAAGCAAAUUCUCCACUAAGUCAUUCAACUAGCCCAGUAAGGAGCCCUGCAGAGAGCCCAAGAACAAAAAGUUGUUCUCCAGUGCAGGAUGACACACUCACAAAUAUUUCUGGGCUUGGAAAUGCAUUGUUGGAUCUAAUGGACUGUGCUGAUCUCAGGGCAUCUAGCUGUGAGAAGAAAAAUGUGGAGAUUGUAACACAGCAAACAAGUCUCUUUGACUAUGAUGAGAAAAGAAAUAUGGCCUUAGAAGCGAUUCAGAAACCUCUUGGAACUAAUUUAAGAACUCCAACAUCACUGUGGUCUGGAUAUGGCUUCAGCCAGUCCAGUCCAACACCAGAAAUGAAACCAAAACACAAUGGACUUCUCCAGGAUUCUGGUGAUCUGGACCCAUGGAAAACAAACAACUCUAUGGUAUCUCCAACACUAAAUUCGACUUCAGACUUCAGCAGUACAUUAUUAACUGGUGAAAAUGGACUGAUGAGUGCAAGCAACUACCUAGAUUCUGCACCCACAUCUGCUGUGAAUCAAAUUGCAGGAUUGAAGACAAAGGAUAUUGCUUCACUUCUAACAUCCAUUGGACUAGAAAAAUACAUUUGUAUUUUCACUAACCAAGAAAUAGACGUUGACAUCUUUCGUUCUCUCACUGAAAGUGAUCUCAGAGAAAUUGGUGUAACUGCCUUAGGAGCUCGUCGGAAGUUGUUACUUGCAAUUUCAGAGCUCAACAAACGCCAGAGCCCAUUCUCUGGGAGUGCGGCCCCAGGAGCUGAACGUAAACUUGGUUCAACAAUAAAUAACAGUCCAAUAGGAGAUAAAUGGUAAGAAGAUAUAGCUACUACUAUUAAAAAAGGUGUAAUAGCAAGUGUGUUGAUGGUUGGAAGUGGAGAUAACCAAAGAAGACUGACAUGGUUAUGCUUUGUGUGUUAUAUGGAAUUCCAUUAUUUGUUUAUUGAUGAUCUCAGUUGCCAAUAAGAGCUUAGUGUUCUUGUUUCGCAAGUCAAAAUGUUUAUGCAUGACAGUGUGCAGCACUUUUCUUUUAUUCGUUGCUAGUCUCUUUUUUACCAUUAUCUGAGUUUGUUAGUCAGCUCCAACAAUUUAGGAUUUUCUUCUAUUGCAGUAUUUUAAUGAGAUUGAAGUAAUGGAACUAUUGUAUAUUUGUCAUGCAUAUUUUAUGGUGGGAAGGGAUAAGCACUACUACUCCUGCUCUCUGGAUUUUAGUUAAGUAGGAGGUAGUUGUGAAUGUUGAAUAAAGAAAAUAAUUAUUGUAUAUCAAUUUGUUAGCUUCAUGUAAGCACAAAAGAACUAACAGUAAUGUAGUAUGGAAUUGCAAAGUGUUUCUGUAUAUUUAAUUACAUUGAAUGCUUCCACUGUUACAACGAAUGCAUGAAACUGGUUUUCUUACUAACAUAUACUGAAAUUUAUUUUAUAUAACUGAUUUUUUAGAGUUUGAUUUCUUAUUUUUAUGAAAUUGAAUAAAAUCUAAGUACAUUUUGUGCUUACUGUUGCUGAAAAUGACAAUGAGUUGUCUUAAAAAAGGACAGUCAAAAUUUUGUAAUGAAUGACUGUUGAAACUGCAAAUUGAUGGAAACUUGCCUUGAAAUUUCUGUUAGUAAGAAACAUUAAAUGUAUAUUUUUUUUCUGCAUUGGAAAUUGAGCUUAAAAUUGCCCAAAGAUAAUAACAUGGGCAAGGGAACAAUAUGGUUGCAAGAAAGACAUGUAGAUAAUAAUCUGAAAUUAAAAAGUUUUGUACAGUAAGUACUGACUCAAAAGUUCCCAUUUUCUUGUAGUUAAGUGAAGAAAAUAAUACUAAAUUAUAAAUUGUUGUAAUAGUCCUACAAAUUUUACUAAGAUACUUUUUAAAUUCCACAAAAUAUUUUUUAAAUGUGCCUACAAUAACUAAUUACCAAAGAAAUUCCUGGGGCCCAACUUGCCUAUUUAAUCCACUUAACUUUGAAAAUGAAGAAUUUUCAUAUUGUGCAAUCCUUGACUUUCUAAAUUUAUGUAUAAAAAUAUCCUUUGGCCUCCAGUAAAAUAUAACUUUUUAAAUUUGUUUUAACUUUCAGUAGUACUGUUGAACCAUCAAUGUGAUAUUAGGACCAUGACCAAUAUAUUAAACUAAAUUUUUCAUUACAGAAAAUAUUUUUAAAGAAAUUGAGGUCUUCACAUUUUGCUUAAAUGGGCAAAUUGAGCUCAAAAUGUAGGUGUAUUUUUGAGGCUGAAGUGGAACAACAUUCUGAAUACUGUGUAAAACUAAAAUGCUAAUAUUUUAACAGCAGUAUAAUGUCUGUGAUACUGUUCUUGUUAUGUAAAUGUGUUCAUCAGAAAUAUUAUUUUAUAUAUUUAAUCUUGGGCUUGUUUUAAAAUAAUGAAUGGGAGUUAACAGGAGUUCCUUAGUUAAUUGUGACUAUAAUAUGGAUCCAUACACAAGUUAGUACACAUCUGAAAUAAUUUAAUUAAAAGCAAAUUCAAUUUAAGAAUUGUGCUGCAAUGUAUUACAAGUCACACAUGUUACUAAAAACUGUGCAAAAGUAACUGAAAACACCAAUACUGCAGCUGUGAACAGAAAAAUUCAAAAUGUUGUUAAAGUUUCCAAGCUAAAUCAUUAUUCAGUGUAUUAUUUAAUCAGUUUGUGGAGCACUGGCUACUUUAUUAAGCAAAGCAGAACUGGCAUAUCUGAAAGUCUCUAAAUAGCAUUAGUUUUGUGGCAUACUACAUAAAGGAAACUAUCAUCAGCUCAUAAACAUUUCUGGAUCUUUCAACCGAAUCAUACACACAUUAUAAAAUUUUAGUGUAAGUAUAAUCAUUUAUUUCACUCUACAACUGUCAUCUACGGCUUCCAUGUAAUUUCAGGUUUUUACAAGAAGCCCAUUCCUCUAAAUAUUAUGUUAUCAUGGUUUAGAUAAGGUUUAGAUAAAUUUAAUCAAAGUUAUCAUUAAACCAGACUGGAUACAUUGCAUAUAGAAUAAGACAGUAGUGAUAUAAAAAAAAACAGAUAACCUGUAGCCAGUGCUGCUUAUCAGUGACUCUGAAACAGUUUGUCAAAUCGCAAAUUGAUUUAGAAAUCAGUUUAGGAUUAGCACAAAUAAAUCUGUUAAUCUGUAAAUGCUGCAAAGAUGUCGACUGUAAAAGCACAUGAAUUGAAGUAGAAAAUGUUUUGUAAAUUUAUAAAUGUAUAAAUUUUUGUUUCUGUUGCUAUUAUUAUUAUUAUUAUUAUUAUUAUUAUUAUUAUUAUUAUUAUUAUUAUUAUUUAUUUAGAGAAUUGUAAGCCCUAGCUGAAGCUCUGUUUUUAUGUGUUCAUUUUUAUAAAAAAAUAUCUCCAUGUAGGUUAUGAAAGACAAUACAGGGGAAACUAGCAUUUUAUGUGAACAGAUUAUUUUUAUGUCAUUGCCUGUGCCAAAAAUAUUAAUUACAACCAAAGCUGUCCCUUCUAGCAUACCUGCUACAGGAAUCCUUCAAAAGCAGUACUUUUUUUUUUUUUUUUUUUUUUUUUUUUAGGAAAAAUGGCGGUAUAUAAUGAAAUUAAGGAUUCCUCCCCAGCCACCCAUACUGCACAGUAUUUUAGUGUCUACAUAGUAAAUAAACAAUUAAAAAGCAGUUUAGACAAAUAAAAGUUACAUGUUCAGAAUACUACAAAUAACUUAUACAAAUGACUAAAUUCUAAUACACUAAGAGUUCUAAAGUUUCCCAGGUUAAAGAGAUUAAAUACUGAUGAUACAGAAUGCCACUCUGGUUGGUGAAGGUUAGUGAUUACUGACAUAGGUACAGACAAAUUGACAUUGUCAUAUAGUGUGCUCAAAACACAAAAGUCCAACUUCACUUUUAUAGUUAGUGUGAAAUGCAGUUUAACUACACACAAAAAAAUACUGUGAUCACUUCUUUCUCUGUUGUUCCUAUUAUUCUACUACUACUACUAUCAUCAUCAUUACUACUCUUAUUACUAUUAUUUACAACUAGCCUACAUCUUGUAAUAGAAACAUUCUUCCAUUAAAUGUCCAACAUGAUCAUUGGAAUUGCUGUUUCUUGGGUAUGUCCAGUCUGUUUGCAUGUAUUACCAUUCACAAAUACAUUGUGGUGAUGCUGCCUUAGUAUCCCCUUCACAGCACUUUCUCUUUAUAUGGUCCCUUGUUUUAUUGCCAUUCAUUAUUUGCAACUCCUCAUGUUUCUAGACCAAAUUUUGGUCUAUUCAGGGACACUAGCUUUGGACAUUUUGGGGUUUGUAUGAUUUUGCAUAAACAAUAACACAGUAGAUCAUCCCUCACAUAGUAGAUAAAUGUUAUUUUCAAACAAAAUUCAAUUACAAUGUGUGCUUCAAAGUGCAACAACAGUAGUAAAUAAAAUUUAAAUUUUUAACGUUAUUUGUCAGUGGAAAUGUGUGUUCAGUAAUCUUUAUGAAAUUAUCCAAUAGUUAUGUGAAAAAAUAAAUUUGGCCCAUGCUUUGGUUCUACAUUAAUACAAAACAACACAACACUACAUUCAUUCACUUUGCAUCAUUUGACACCUAAAUCAACAAAGGUUUUGUAUAUAUUUCACACAAGCUUCAGGCAAAUUUGUCAUUGAAACAUGAAAAUAAAAUUACUUCCACAAAAUUCACAACUAACAAAUUUUUGUCUAUUACUUAUACACAUGAGUUUUUACUUGCUAAUGAAUGUAAAUCAUUCUACCUAUAUUUUAGAUUUUAAUAUUUGAUAAACAAAUGUUGUAUGAACCUUACUCAAAUAUCAAGCUGUGCCAAAAUUGAAGGUUUUUAAAAUAUUUUGCAGAAAAGUAUUUGAAAAUGUUCUUGCCUACUCAGGCUUAUCACCAUAACUUCAAAACUGCCACAACAGUGUAGUUUAUUUAUAAUUAAAGGUAGCCUGGGAAAAUCAUUUUGAACAUAGUUCUCAGUUUAGUGCUUCAGUAUAUAAUUAGUUCAGUAAAUAAACUAAUGAAAAUGGCCCAGUUUGGUGAGGUGCAAAUCACUGCUUCCACAAAGCAGUCCCUUUGGGUAGUCACUCCUAUAAGAUGCUUAAUAGCUAGUUUUAUAUCAACCCUAAUGGUUGAUAAAUUGUUUGAUAUGUUCAUCAAAGUACAUAAUGGCUACAAAGUAAAUAAUCAAGUAGCAACUUCAUUAAAAUCAUACUUUGUACUAACAGGUUAGAGAUGAAAUGCAUUAAAUUUAAAAAAAAAGGAUCUCUUAGUUAGGUUAGUGUCCCACUGGGCCUGUACCUCUUUAAAUACCACUUAGUGUUUAUAAUCAUAUACAACACAUUAGUGAGAAUGUAUGCAAAGAAUAUUACUUUAUUCACAAAAAUUUUAAUAUCCCUUUCAUCCUCUGUCCAGUUUCGCAUACUGUUAAUGCAGUUAUUCUCUUAAGAGAUUUUGACUGCAUUGUGCUGAAAAUUAUCCACCAAAUUGUCCUUUAGUGUAAAUACUGGAAAAUUUAGACAUGCUGUCCAGCUUCUUCAUAAUAAAUUAUUAAUUGCCAAAGCUUGAAGUUGAAGCUAUUUUUUCUUUAGACUAACAAACAUCUUUCCUUGAGAUAUGUAAUGAUCUCUAAUGACAAAUUUAAGUAUAGGGACCUGUUGAAUUUUUGUCCUCUAAUGUUUCUGUGUUUCCUAAGUCAAUGUUAGGUUAAAUUUUUUCUGUAGUCAUGUAGUAUAUACUGUUGGUGCAAGUGGGUGUAAUGUUUGCAUUUCUAGAUAAGCAGGAAAAGUUUGUACAGUGGUCUAAUAAACACUAAGUUUGCCCAUUCUGAUUUAGGCU